AUCCGUUGUUACAUUCUACAGGCACAUUUUUAUGAGGAAUUCAAAUAUGAUACUAACCGUCUGUUCCGAUAUUCCUGAUAGUACUGGCCAGUGCAUUGCAAUAUCGGAACACUUGACACUCUUGACAGUGACAGUUACUGAUGAUUUUCGGAACGAAUAAGUUACUGGUCAGCAACGGCUGUUCUCCGAGAACAAUUCAUUUGGUGCAUUUGUUUGUCUAUGAUUUGGUGUAACCAAAAAAAAAAAAAAGAUUCUCUGUAAUCUUUGGGUGUAACAUAACCUAUCAAAGGAGAAGUUGUUGUUGUUUGUCACAUAUUACAGAGUAGUGUUGUUUGUUGCUGAAAUUUUCUUGGUUUGCUGAAUGCUCUAACGAUGGCUGAAAAUACGAUUAUAGAGGAAAUUUUGACCGAUAGUGAUUCUGAUUCAGAAAAUACAGAUUGCUCAACUUCCACGAGCUCUAGUGUAUCACUGGAGGAUGAGAUUAAUUUAAAUAUAAUUUCAGAGCACAAGGUUCGCGGUCCCAUUGACAAAAUACCGAGAAUAGAGGGCUACAUUAAAAAUGUAAUUGGACAUUAUACACCGGAGAUUUUUAAACAACAUUUCAGGGUGUCACCAGACACAUAUCAGUAUUUGGUAGAUUGUUUGAGGGAGACAGUAAGGCAUCCAGAUGAUCCAGGAAGAUAUCAAACUCCCUUAGAACAUCAGGUACUGUUUGCCCUGUGGUUUUUUGCUACACCAGACUGCUAUAGGUCUGUAUGUGAAAAAUUUAAUAUGGGUAAAGCUACUGGUUUCCGAAUAAUAAGAAGGGUAGUGAAGGGUAUAUGCGAACUGGCUCCAAAUUUUAUAAAUUGGCCUACCAACAGAAGUGAUGCAGCAGUCAUUUGGGAUGGAUUUAGGGAAAAAGGACCUAUUCCAAAAGUUGUUGGAGCAAUAGAUGGUUGCCAUAUUAAUAUUACCAAGCCAUCUGAAGAUGGGAAUUCCUUCAUUAAUAGGCAUCACAAUUUCUCAAUUCAAUUACAGGAUGAAACGUUACUCGAUGGGCCGACCGUUGACAUUUAGGGAACCGACACCACCGUCCGGACCGCCUUCUCCAGCAAGUGUUGGGUCGACGCUCAGCCUGUCGGCAGACUGGGAGGUGCCGCCGGAAAGAAAAAGAGACGCCGGGACCAGCACAGAACCGCCAGCCACCAGGACCGUGGGUGCCGGUGGAUUCCACGUCUACCUGGGGUUGGGCCCCCGAAGCUGUUGGCGGUGUGGCAACGAAGGCCACCGAAGAGAACACUGCAGAGGGGAGCGGCUGAAAUUCUGCUCUAGGUGUGGCUGCGUGGGUGUCCUAUCACGGGAUUGCUGUGUCCGAACCACCGGCCGUGACCGAAGACCUCCCUCAACCCCCGUCAGCCAGCGAGGAACCCCGAGCCGGAGCGGAUCCUCAGGAAGCAGGGCAGAGGCCGCACUCCCGGAUCUCCGGUUGAGGCCCGCCGGACCGACGCCUGAACCGACGCCUGCACCGACGCCUAU